AUGGCUCCACUGAACAGAUCUGCUUCUUCACCGAAACCCACAAUCAUACGACAUUUCACAGACCCCAAACACCCCCUCUACCUUGUCGACAUCCCCAGCGAGUUCCUCUGCAACGGGUGCAGUGCGCUGGGGUUCGGCGCAAGGUACCGCUGCCACGCCUGCGACGUUGACCUCCACGAGUUCUGCGCCACGUGUCCCUCCGUCGCCCAAUCGGCGCUCCACCCCAAACACCCCCUAACCCUGGUCAACCUUCCGGUCAACGACCGCUUCUGCGACCUCUGCGGCGACCUCGUCAACGGCCUCUUCUACGCGUGCGAGGCGUGCGAGUUCGACGUCCACCCGCUCUGCACGCAGCUGCCGCUGCACGUGCGUCUCACGCAGCACCCUCAACACCUCCUGAAGCUCCAGCCCGGAAACCCCGCCGCGUGUGCUCUCUGCCGUCAGAGCUGUACGGCCUGGAGGUACCGCUGCGAUGCGUGCUCCCUUGAUAUCCACCUCGAGUGUGUUCUCGCCGGAGAUGAUGGUGAUCAAACCCCGUCUGCUGCGCCGCCGGCGCCGCCAUCGCAUAUGAACCGUAGCUCCUCCAUGCUUCCGCCGCCGCAGCAGCAGCAUCAGCAGUAUCUGAAUCAUAGUGUCUCCAUGCCGUCACCAUCGCAUCAGUACCAGCAGCAACCAAUGGGUUAUAGUGGUUGUGCGGUUGGGUUUCCGAUGAAUGCGACGGCGGCACCGCCACCUGAGGCGGCGGCACCUGAAGGGAAGAAGAGCGGCAGAAGCAGAAAGAGAAAGAUAUAUUCAAUCGUGGCUAGGGUUGCCAUCUCAGCAGUGACUACUUCCCUCAUCGGAGUUCCUCUCACCUUGUGA